AUGUGGAAACUCCAUAGUCUUGCCGGGAAACAUAUCUCCAAGCAUCUUGAACAUGGAUUGAAGUACACUGUGGGCCGAAGAGGACUAGUCACUCAAAGCCAAAGGAGAAAGGCUACAACUGCGAGUGGUUUGGGUUUAACGUACCCGGUCAUUGAUCAUAAAUAUGAUGCAAUCGUUGUCGGAGCUGGUGGUGCUGGAUUACGAGCAGCUGUAGGACUCGCGGAAUCUGGUUUGGAGACAGCUUGUAUCAGCAAAUUGUUUCCAACUCGAUCACACACAGUGGCAGCACAAGGAGGCAUCAAUGCGGCAAUCGGAAAUAUGACAGAAGAUGACUGGCGCUGGCACAUGUACGACACAGUGAAAGGCUCAGACUGGCUUGGCGACCAAGAUGCAAUCCACUACAUGACCAGAGAAGCACCUAAAGCAGUCCACGAACUCGAGAACUACGGCAUGGCGUUUUCUCGAACUCAAGAUGGUAAAAUCUAUCAACGAGCAUUAGGUGGCCAAUCUCUUGACUACGGAAAAGGGGGUCAAGCUUACCGAACCGCUUGCGCUGAAGAUCGUACUGGUCAUGCUAUGCUUCAUACACUGUAUGGCCAGAGCUUGAAACAUAAUACUAAUUUCUUCAUCGAGUAUUUUGCUCUAGACUUACUGAUGGUUGAUGGGAAGUGUGCUGGAGUCAUUUGUCUAAGUAUGGAGGAUGGGACGAUUCAUCGAAUGUUUGCGAAGAAUACGGUACUUGCUACUGGAGGGUUUGGGAGGGCGUAUUUCUCAUGCACUUCAGCCCAUACAUCGACAGGAGACGGUAAUGCAAUGGUUGCUCGAGCAGGAUUGCCAAAUCAGGACAUGGAAUUUGUGCAAUUUCAUCCGUCUGGAAUAUAUGGAGCUGGUGUGCUUAUCACCGAAGGUGCCAGAGGUGAAGGCGGAUACUUACUUAAUGGCGAAGGAGAAAGAUUCAUGGAAAGAUACGCGCCAACAGCCAAAGACCUAGCAUCCCGAGACGUCGUCUCCAGAUCAAUGAACAUAGAAAUCAAAGAAGGCCGAGGCUGUGGACCCGAAAAAGACCACAUCUACCUCCAGCUCUCCCACCUCCCCGCAGACAUAAUCCACGAACGUCUUCCAGGAAUCGCCGAAACAGCAAACAUCUUCGCCGGCAUCGACAUAACCAAAGAACCCAUCCCCGUCCUCCCGACCGUCCAUUACUGCAUGGGCGGGAUCCCCACCAAUCACCACGGCCAAGUUCUCUCCCUGACGCCCACGGGUCAAGAAACAAUCGUCGAAGGUCUCUACGCAGCAGGCGAAGCAGCUUGCGUGUCUGUCCACGGCGCCAACAGAUUAGGCGCCAACUCCCUCCUCGACAUCGUGGUCUUCGGCCGCGCAACAGCUCUCCACAUCGCCUCGAACAACACCAAAAGCGCACCUCACCUUCCCGUCCCUGAUGAUAUCGGCUCCAACUCCCUCGAAGACCUCGAGCGUAUACGCACAGCCAGCGGCGAUAUACGUAGCUCCCAACUCCGUCUUGACAUGCAAAAGGCAAUGCAAUCCGACGUCGCCGUCUUCCGCACCGCGUCCUCGCUCGAAACAGGCAACAAAGCCAUCGCGCAGGUCGCGGAGCAGUUUGACAGUUGCUUGAGCUUGACGGAUCGCAGUUUAGUCUGGAAUAGCGAUCUGAUUGAGACGUUGGAGAUGCGGAAUUUGUUGGCGUGUGCGAAACAGACGGCAAGGUGUGCGUUGGAGAGACGGGAGAGUAGGGGGAGUCAUGCGAGGGAGGACUAUCCCGAGAGGGAUGAUGAGAGGUGGUUGGUUCAUAGUUUGAGUUGGGGGGAUGGCGGGGUUGGGUGGAGGGGCGUGAGGAUGGGGACGUUGGAUGAGGGGGAGUGUAGGAGUGUGGCGUUGAGGAAGAGGAGUUAUUAG